AUGGAAGAAGCCGCCAAAGAACUUGUUCUCUCGCCCUUUAGGGAGAUUGUGACCAAGGGGACGACGGCGUUGGAAAAUGCCAGAGGUGCCGAAGACUCUCACACCAAGGUCUUGAUGACCAAGGCAGCAAAUGCCCUGCUGCGGGAGGGAGAGCGUGCCGUCAAGAAAAUCGAGCCUUUGUGUGACAAAUUGCUCGCCAAUCAAGGGGACAUCUUUAUUGAUGCUCUCAGGGAGAACGACGAAAUCGCGGAAUACCGUUCAGAACUCAGCGAUCUCCUAUGGGAGUUUGACGACUUUGUUGAGCCGGACGGUUUUGAUGAAGAUAGGUUUACGGAGCUCCGGAGCCUUUCACGUAUCUGCGCACCCAGGGUUGUGGACAUCUUGAUGCGCAUGCGGCUAGAACCAACGUCGCCCCUGACCGAAAACGCUGCCGGCCAUCUGGCCACCCCAAAGACCGACCAAGUGGCCUCUGUGGGGUUUACCGCCACCCCCUUGUCCGAUAUGGAAUUCGACUUUGGGUUUCGGGAUACGGCUGUUCGCCCCAUAGAGCCACCACCAUGUCCAGUCAGGAGCCCCUGGAGAGUCGCAACACGAAGCGUCCCUGGCCAAGCGAUCACGAUCGACACAGAAUUCAGCCUGGACGAGCAUAUUCCUAGCUUUCACAUAAGUUCUUCUGGCAGCUCUGGCAUUUGCACCGGUGCUGUCGAACAACCUCAUCUAAACCAGUCCACACGCCACGAAGGCCCCGAGCAUCAGAUUGGAGAGGAAGGUGGUCGCAGCUCAGCUGUUCCAUUGCCUCUCAGGAUGAUCAAGACGACGACAGAAAGCCAUGGGCGUUGCUAUAGUAUAGACUCGAGCGAUAUGACUGUUUCAUCCCCGAUGACGACUUCCACAAACAGGUCGUUGCUCUCGUCUCUUUCUUCCGAUGCGGGCAAGAGCUCGUUAAGACACUCGAGGGAUAGCUCAGUCGCAGAGUCGCAGUCCAGCUAUGUCAUCGAGAGAAGGGACUCAGCCUGCGAGCCCGUCAGCCCACUCACACCCUCAUAUAAAACACCAGUAUUGGCUAUGCCUCCGGAAGGCUACUUCGUCCCAUUGACCGCUCCGCCGCUGAGUCCUCUUUCAGAAAGAGACCCGUCAGAUGUAUCCUCACAGGAAGAGAGUCAAGUAUCGGAGCCAGCUGAGGUCGCGCCAUCCAGCCUGAUAGCUGUAGAACCAGAAAAGACACAACGGACGCUCAUCCUGCAGCCGAGCCGGAUACCAGACUGCUCUAUUGGGCCCCAAAGCUCAUUUCACCGAAUGAAGGGCUUUUGUGAGGGCGCAAAGGACACGCUUGCUGGCCAUGAUGGCUUCAGGCAAGUCAAGAAACUGAACUUUGGUGGCAGCUCAAUCUCGGCUUCUAAAUGCAAAGCAUGUCUCUACGAACUUGACUGGGAAGAGAUGGAGGCAGACCGGAAAGGACUACCAAAAGCGAAUCUCAUAUCAAGAUCUACCGGCGUCGGCUUUAGGCUUCGAUUUUUGGUCAAGAGUCAUAUGCCGUCGAAAAACGUCGACGAUCAAGUAUAUGCCUGCCUUUUUUGUGAGCAGCUGGGCCGCACAACAGAGGAGAUGGAUGCGACAGUCUUCUUCUCACAGAAGCAGCUCUUGGCGCACAUUGCACGCCACCCACGACCACUCCCAUCAAUACCUGGAUUGAUUGUCAUUGAGGAGGCCGAGGUGCCGGCCGUCUUCGAGCACAACUAUGACCUUCACCUCCCCAACCCGCCGCAACUGUCCCAGUUGGCAGAGGACAGGAGCUUGGCGAUGCAGGUUGAGCUUCUCCCCGUGGCGACCUCGGUGAUCACUGUGAAGCAAUCUUACGGCACGUUGAAAAUGCCACCGGACCGGGCAACGCCACUUCAGUUUGCUCUCGGAACGAGGAUAUUCGGGGUUGAGUUUCCAGAGCAGUAUGGCGGCGAGUGGGCGGUGGGGUGGUCAGACAACAUUCAUGCCUGUUUCCCUGCCGACGCAGUCAGGCUGGAGCCUCCACCGAAAUCACAGAUGGCCUUGGGUGGCAUCAUCUCCAAUAGGAGGGCGGUGGCACGCUGGAAGUUUUCAGUCAAGGGCAAGGACAGAGGCGAAUGGCUCAAGUUCGACAAGGGCGAGACGAUAACAGACAUCGGAUGGGUGCACCCAGGGCACUGGUGCUGGUCCGGCGUGAAUGCCAAGGGCAAAUGGGGCAUCUUCCCACGGUCCCACAUCGAAGUCAGCACGCUCAAGGAAGGCGACGGCGCAGAGGAUCAGGCGAGCACCAGCAGUGGCAGCACAGGCCACAAGAAACCUCCGAGUUUGUUCAGCCGGGUCUCCAUGAGGGUCCGGACAGGAUCGAAUAGCAACAUCGGGACCAAGGUGCGGCCGUCUCUCUAUUGA